UCACAUUUUGAUUGAAUCUUUAACGGGGUAACAUCUUCCUGUGGAAACUAGAAGAACUUAAGAAAUUUUGUGCACACGGAAAUUUAAGGAACCAAACUUCAGAAAAAAUUCUUCACACAAUUUUGGUGUGUAACUUGAAGACCUAUAUUGAGUGAAAGAGGAAUUGGGCUUACAGCAUGUCAGGAGUCCUUGAAUCGUCCAAAUAGCAUCGCGUCACGUCCAAAGGAACAAGUCUUCCCGUAAGAAACACUACUGACGUCACUCCACCAAUGAGAAGAAAGUUUUAAAUUAAAAAAAAUAAUUCUGGGAGAGAAACGAGAAGCAGAUUCAUUUGAAGAUCUGAAGAGUGAAGUUAAUUCAUCAUGACUUGUCCUUUUGCGACUAACAGAUUAUUGGGAUCACUGCAUGAUGCUGAAAACGAUCCGAAAACAACCAAACCGGCUAAUGGUCAUAGCAGUCCUAGCAUGCUGUAUGGAGAAUACUUACAGCUUGAUCAAUUGUUAAACUGUGUAAAACCUGCAUCAGAAAUUUAUGGAAGUGAGUUAGUGCAUGAUGAGCACUUGUUCAUCGUUACUCAUCAAGCAUAUGAAUUAUGGUUCAAGCAAAUCAUAUUUGAAUUGAAUUCAGUCAAGACUUUGUUUUCCAGUGAGGCAAUAGACGAAAACAGAAUGUUGAGAAUUACAUCAAGAUUGAAUAGAAUAGUCGUCAUUUUAAAGUUGCUCGUAGAUCAAAUUGGAAUUUUGGAGACCAUGGCUCCAUUGGAUUUUAUGGAAUUCAGACAAUAUUUGUCUCCAGCGUCAGGAUUUCAAAGUGUUCAAUUUCGAGUAAUUGAAAACAUGUUAGGAGUACGAAAUGAACAAAGGGUAAAUUUCAGUAAAGACAAGUAUGUCACUGUCUUUAAGGACCCUAAGGCAAUCGAGACUGUUUUGCAAUCGGAGAAUGAUCCAUCAUUGUGCGAUCUAGUGCAGAAAUGGUUGGAAAGAACACCUGGUUUAGAGACCAAUGGCUUCAAUUUUUGGAAGAAAUUUGAAGACGCUGUUCAUCAUCAGAUAGAAUGCGUAAAAUUUCAACUUGAUCAUGAAAAUGAUGAAAGAAAAAGAGUUGAACUAGAAGCUGAAUAUGAGCAGAAAGUAAAAACUUUUGAGAGUUUGUUCGACGUAGAAAGGCAUAAUGCUUUGGUUGCCAGAGGUGAAAGGAGAUUUUCUCACAAAGCUCUUCAAGGUGCCAUGAUGAUAUCCUUAUAUAGAGAGGAGCCAAGAUUCAAUCAACCAUUUCAUGUGUUAACUCAACUGAUGGACAUAGAUGCCUUAAUCACGAAAUGGAGAUAUAAUCAUGUUUUAAUGGUACAAAGAAUGAUUGGUUCUCAGCAAUUAGGUACAGGUGGUUCAUCUGGAUAUUGGUAUCUCAGAUCAACCCUCAGUGAUCGCUAUAAAGUAUUUGUGGACCUGUGCAACUUAUCAACUUUUCUUAUUCCUGCAAGUGACAUCCCUCCUUUGACAGAGCAAAUGAAACAAAGGUUAUCCAUUCGACAAGACUCUGAAGACACAGAAAGUUAACAAGCAAAACAGAAAUGUAUUCAAGAUAUCCAUUCUCUUGAUAAUUGAACUGAAAUUCAUUAAAUAUGCUUGAAAUACAUAAUGAAGAGGAAGGUUUUCAGAAGUUAGAAUGCUUUUAUUGAGAAAAUAAUUAUCAUUUAUACAAUUGCAUAUUAAGUAAAAGUCAAUGAAAAUUAUUGACAUAUGAAUAAAAUACUUGUAUCAUUGUAGUUUGAAGAAAUAAAAUUAUAUGUGCUAA